AUGAUAAAUAUUAAAUUUCCGAUUUCUUUAAAAGAUGUUGCAAAAUUUGGAAAAUUAAAUAAAUUAAAAAUAAAUGUUUAUGGUAUAGAAAUAGAAAUUGUCGAUGUUAAAAAUAAUCAAACAAAUAAAAGUAUUGUUCGUCCAUUAUAUUUAAGCAACAAUAUCUCAGAUAAAGAAACAAUUCAUCUUCUAAUGGUAGAAUCUGGAAGAUGUUUCUAUGAUGAUAAAAAUAAUGAUAAUGAUAUAAAGUAUGAAAAUCUUAAAAAAUUUUCAAACAGUUUUCCACUUUGCUCUUAUCAGAAAUUUAUCGCGACUUUUAAAAUCACAAAUUUCUAA